AUGCAGGUCUUAGACGAGAUCCAGAACAGGAUGUAUGGCGAUGUGCAGGUUUGCCUCAUGGGCCUGUCGCUUGUAAAGGAGGAUAUCGAGUGGUUUGAGCAGGAAGAGUGUGAAGACACAAGAAUCCGGACCAUCGAAGCCUUUGAGGUGGAGAACCGGCAGAUUCAACUCAAGGAGGUGAUGAAGAGAGAAGGCGGCUACAACUUCGCCAUGCAUGUCAUGCGGGCUCUCGUGACCAACUACUUUCCGGCCGACUAUGAUUACGAAACACCUUUGCAGAACCUCAGGCAUCGCUUAUAUAUCACCAUCCACGGGCGUGACAGAUGGUGGGCACUGUGGAACCCUUGUUGGUACUUGUGCUGCACGUCGGCUUUUUGCCCUGCUUGCUUUCUGGCUACUGGCUGCCACUGCUGCGGCUGGCUUCAGGGUAAC